UUCGUCUAGCUGAAUACAAAGUGGAGUGAUGUUGCUGUGAUCGCUCUAUCUUCACUUCAAGCCUGGGCGACAAUUUAACCCUGCUGUUCCUCUUUGUGGAGACUUCACAAGACCUACAACUGUGGAGACUUUCACUUUUCUCCCUGAGAUGGAGCCACAUUCAUUCGUUAUGGUCAGAUGGAUGCUAUGGACCGCUCGCUUGAUUCUGUGGCUAUCGUCUCUUUUCACAACAUCCUGUUUUUGUGACGGUUGGGGGGAUUUCUUUUCGGGUUCUGCGGAAUCCAUUCUUCUUUUCACUUCAUGCGCUCUUUUUCAAAAUGUGCUAAUGAUGACGAGCAAAACGCACUUGGUGGAAACGAACAUCGAGGUUUCACGAUUUGCUUAUUUCCAAGAGGCUGAUCAUGAUGAUCACUAGCUCACAUGGGUCUGUGGCAUCUAGUAGUCGUUCGCAAUCCUUUAGUUACGAUAAUAGCAGAACAAUUCUCAGCUACA